GGGGAGGAAGCGCAUCAGACUAUCAGCAUCAUCGGGCAUUGUCAGGCAUGACGAGGCAGCACGGGGGGUGACAGCGCAGGGUGCGAUAAUAUAUGUACGAUAUUGUCCGUGACAUCGCGUUAUAGGCACGUCGAUGGUGUUAAGCGAUCGCGACAUCGUACGCGAGCUAGCGAGAGUGUAAAGUGUAAAGCGGUGUAAAGACCGUGCGGGCGUCCGCCGCGUUGCGGAUUGCGAUCUAUCCUCUCAUCGGCGGUUAUCGGCGCUCUUUGAUCAUCGUGAUGGCUUCGUUCGCGUGGACUUUCCGAGGGAACGUCAACCGGUUUCUCAUCGACGCGCAGAUCCUGCAAUGCCUGCUCGUACUGGCGGGCCUGUUUUUUAACCUCUCUCAGUGCCUCUACGAGGAUCAAGUCGGCAAAUUCGAUUGGCGACAGAAUUACGUCGGCAAAAUCAAGUUCGCCAGUUUCGACACGGUGUCCACGGCGAAGAAGAUCAUCGUCGCCACCGAGGAGAACGUCAUCGCCGCGCUUAAUCUCAAGUCAGGUCAAAUAUUAUGGAGGCGAGUGUUGGAGAAAGGUUACGGUGGUCGCAUCAGAACUUUAGGAGGUGUCGCGGAUGGAGAUCUUAUUUCUGUCAGCGGAGGUGUCCCGGCCAUUGUUCGUGCCUGGGAUCUGGCAACUGGGCAUAUACUUAACGAGUGGCCAAUAGCGGAACAAAAUACUGAUAGAUAUGAAUCUCCAUUUAUAUCAUUUUCUACAUUGGGCUUAUAUUCAUCUGACAGGAUAAAAGAUGUAAAAUGGCAUAUCAAAGAUGGAACAUUGCAUCAUAUACUACCCAUUUACAAUAGUGGCGUUGAAGUAACAUCUUACGACAGUAAGACUGGAGAGAAACUGAAGACUCGGAGGGUUUCUGCACCAUUCAUAAGUCAAGAAACAGAGUGUGUCUUGGCAGCUCCGUACUUGGCAUGUUUGAAGGGAGACAGUUCUUUAGCUGUAGUGUUCUUAGUACAUUUAUUCGAUACUAAUGCACAGCCGCAGUCAGUUACGAUAAACACGAUAUUCGGGGCUGGCGCGCAAGGGCCAUUUAGACUAGAAUCUGUGCGUGGAGAAGAACCUGUAAUUUCCAUUAACGCCGAUAAUGAUCAGAGAAAGCGGAUCUUAAUUAUCGGAGAACUUCCGAUUCCUAUACAACGAGACAUCGCUGGCGAUACAACGCUUUAUGUUGUUUCCGUUGAUAACGAGAAAGUACUUUUGGAAACAACGUAUAAGAACGGAAAGAUAGAAAUAACAGCUAUGAACCUAUCAUCAUCCACACCUUUACCUGAAUUAUCGGCUACUCUGACUCACGCUUCUGUACAAUCGCCGACUAUAAUGGCAUCGGUUUGCCCUCGUCAAACGAAAGGGGUAACAUGCCGUCACUUAUUAUCCUCGCAAGAUCACAGCGUCGCGUUAUUGCAACAUAAUAAACUGGUAUGGGCGAGGGAGGAAGCACUCGCUAGUAUUGUGGCUGUUGAAAUCAUAGAAUUGCCCAUGUCCGACAGAGAUCAAGCUAUCGAAACGGAAUUUGAUCAAAAAGAGAGUAUUGAUGUAGACAGUUCAUGGGAUGUGCUGAGCAUGUUUCUUCGGAGGAUCACGUCGCAGAUCAAUCAAGUCCGAACGUUCUUUCAAACGAUACUAGACUUAGUGCCUCAACAAUUCAAUCAACGUAUCGAUCUAGUCCGAGAUAAAUUUGGUUUGCACAAGAUGAUCGUAGUCGUUACAUCCGCUGGAAAGUUGUACGGCAUAGAAACCAGGAAAGGUGAAAUUAUUUGGCAGCUCAGACUACCUAACAUUCGCGGUUUCACGAAACUAUCUAACACAAUGAUCUUGUACGUACAAAGAGGUAGCAGGCAUUUUCCGCACCCACCGCAGUGUGCAUUGUUAGCAGAAGACAAGGAAAGUGGAGAAGGUGUCGUAUAUACUUUUAAUCCGAUUACUGGACAGCCGUUGGACGGACUGAUAAAGCUUGGGUACAGGAUAAAGCAGUCUAUGCUACUCCACGUAGCGACUGACGAUUUCCUACGCGGUAUUCUCAUUCUUGACGCACGGGAUAAGGUGCACGUUUUUCCCGACAGCGCCACCGCAGUCGCAGCUUCGCUCGGGAAAAGUACAUAUCUUUUUACUGCGGAUCAAACGACAGGAAUAUUGUCCGGCUUCUCUCUUUCGUACAGCACGACACAGGAACUGAUCGCCCACAAAGUAUGGGAGUUGUUACUCUCGCCAAGAAACCAGAAAAUAACGCAAGUCGUAGCGAAGAAUCCGAUAGAACGCGUGCAUUCUCAGGGGAGAGUCCUGAGCGAUAGAUCGGUGCUGUACAAGUACAUCAAUCCUAAUUUGGUGGCAGUAGUGACCGAAGGUAUUGGACAUGCCCAUAAAAAUACGCUUAAUUUGUAUCUACUGGACGUAGUAUCCGGAGCUAUGAUUUUCUCGAUCACGCACAAAAGGGUACACGGUCCAAUUCACAUUGUACAUUCGGAAAAUUGGUUGGUGUACAGUUAUUUCAACGAGAAAGGACGUAGAACGGAGAUUGCUACGUUAGAGCUCUACGAAGGGAAGAUACAGAGUAAUACCACAGUGUUCUCCUCCUUAGCGACAACGAAAUUGCCAAUUGUAGAGAGACAAGCCUUCAUUUUCCCGGCAUCUAUUGAAUAUAUGCAAGAAACAAUCACUGAAAAGGGCAUCACUAGUAAACAUAUAAUCGUCGCUUUAGCUAAUGGUGGAAUACUAGAGUUGCCGUGGAUGAUGGUGGAUCCACGAAGGCCUGUUAAUCAUGAAAUGCGAGAGGAAGGAGUGAUACCAUACAUGCCCGAAAUUCCAAUCCAUAUGGAUGCUAUUAUUAAUUAUAAUCAAAGCGUUGCUAGGGUUAUGGGUAUUCAUACUAGUCCCAGUGGCCUUGAAAGUACUUGUUUAGUCUUCGUAUAUGGUCUUGAUCUGUUUUACACGAGAGUGGCACCAUCCAAAACGUUUGAUGUAUUAAAAGAAGAUUUUGAUUAUUACCUUAUUGUGAUAGUGCUUGCGGCGCUGUUGAUCUCAUCGUACGUCACCAAAAAAUUAGCAUCACAGAAAGCUCAAAAACAAGCGUGGAAAUGAUGCCUCGCUCUUCUAAAAUUGUGCAAUAUUUAUGACUUCGAUCAUAAUAGGCAACAAUUUUUGCUAAAAAUAACUUGUAAAAUAUACUGUUUUAUAAAUAGCUAAUUUUAAAACACACAAAGUGAGAACGCUACCGUGUUAUCUUACCUAAAAAAAUCUCUUAGUCUUAAAUCCUAACUAAAAGUAUACAUAAAGUACAUAUUUUAUCUUCUUAGUGGUACAGAACGCACACGCGCGACGGAUAGAAUCUUUCAAAGUGCGCUAAUUAAUAAAUGACGAGAGUGGACCAUGAUCAUCGAUCAUUAAACUACGUUAAAGUAACUGAUGACGUGCUCAAAAUGUAAUUGCUUCUUUAUUGCAUAGCAAUUUCUGUAAAAGGCACGACGUUUUUUUUGAUACCUGUGCAUUUUCAAUUUAAACCGAAGCAGGAAUCAGCAAUUUAUAAAACUCAAUAAUAUAAUUUACAGCGAAGGUAUUAAAAUAUUGAUAAAAUAUUCAGUAUAUGAUACUGAAGAGCGCCGAGUAUAGAUGUUUGCUUACUAUGCAAAAGGAAAAUGUGUGAUUGUGUUGUAUUGAAUAAUGAAAACCUAAUUUAGAGAAAUAAAUAUUGUGUUUAUAAGUUCAGUUUGCAAUUGUGAAAUGGAAUCUUUGGUUAUCGUGGAAUAAUAAUAUUUUACAUCUUUCUUUGUACCUGUAAUUUAGAAUUCUUUAUAAUGUAAUAUGUAAGAUGUAUGCACUUUAUAUACACAUGUAUAUUUCAAGUUUCUUGUAAGAUAUUAUUACGUAUUCAAUUCUGCAACAGUUUAAUUUCCAUUAUUUAUAAUGUUUACAAGAAGUGUCUUGUUAAAAACUGUAAACGUGAAGAACCGUAGUCACAUAGACUUUAAAUUUUCAUCCUGUUUCCUCUUAAUUUGUUACAAAAUUCAGUUUUUUACUAUUUAGUAAAACGAACUAGAAUUAUUUGUACAACUUGAAAAAUUAAAUGACUCUACUAAGAAAACAUUAUAGAGAAAGGAAAUCUGAAUUAUUUCCAUUUAUAUGCAUUUUUCGUAUUUGAAACUGUGGCUCUCCGACUGCCAAACUAUAUAAAUGUGGCAAAGACAUUAAAUUACGUUGAAAGUCAUGUAAUUUAAUUAAUCUUAAUACAUUCGCUUCCAGAUCCACUCAGAAUCAAAUAAAAGUGAUCCUACUCAUAGAAUAUUGAAAUAAAUGUAAAAUUUGAUAUAUUGCGAUGUACUAAGAAUGCAAUAUUCAUUGUUUCAUAUAAACAUUAAAAUUAAUAUGAAACAGGAGGAAUAGUAAUGUAAAUAUAUCUAUCGUUCAAAACUGAAUAAUUUUUAUCACGAGAAUAAGUUUUAUUUUAUAAAGUGUAAUCAAUCGCUUUGUGUGUAGAUAGUAAAAAGAAGUAUGAUUAUUAUAUACGUAAGUUAAUUGUACAAUGUGGAUAAUAAUUAUAAGCAUGUUAGAGAAUUACAUAUGAAUAAAAAUUCCGUCAC